AUGUCCAACUUUGACGAUUGUACCUUAUCGACUUGCCCGCUUAGCGCGGCCUACUUGGACUACCUGCCCAACCUGCCUGCAAAUGCAUUCUUUGUAGCUCUGUUCGGUCUCAUCGCUGGAAUUCAGCUCCUCCUGGGAACCAAAUACCGAGUAUGGGCUUACAUGAUUCCAAUGCUGUUCGGCCUUAUUCUCGAAGUGUUGGGAUAUAUUGGACGGAUAAUGAUACACUCUAACCCCUUCAAUUUCAGUAGUUUUCUUCUGUACCUAGUCUGCUUGACCAUCGCUCCAGCCUUUUUCAGUGCCGCCAUUUAUAUCUGUCUGGGAAAGAUCAUCAUCAUCUACGGGGGAAUGGCCCGGUUCAGCCCACGAACCUAUACAAUCUUUUUCGUAACCUGUGAUGUGAUUUCCCUAGUUCUCCAAGCAGCCGGUGGUGCAAUCGCGUCCAUUGCCACGGAGAGCCAGGUCUUUUCGCUUUUUCUAUUCAUUGUUCUGGCCUCCGACUUUGCUCUUCGAGUGCGCAAGAGCCCCAAGUCGGAAGUCGAUGAAUUUGUUGGUCUUCGACAGAGCUGGAAGUGGAAGAUAUUCAUUUACUGUCUUGCCCUUGCCACGUUGACAAUUUUCAUUCGAUCAAUUUUCCGAGUUGCUGAGUUGAAGGGCGGAUUCUCCAGCGCUCUAGCUAAUAAUGAGGUGGAUCUGAUGGUGUUGGAAAUCAUUGCCACUUCCCUAGCCGCGACCGCCCAUGCCACGGAUUGGAGCCAUGGGGGUAACCACAUCGAAAACAUCGGCAAUGGGGCCGGAUUGCCGUUUGCGCUGGAUUCGUUCAAUGGACUAGAGUUUCAAGACGAUGAGGACUCCAUUGGGCUGGACCUGGUGCGAAGAUCCGUUGCCAUUACGUCUCUCGCGAACAAUAAUUUCGUUAAUCCCACCAUCAAGAUUGGGGAUAUCCAGUACUGGUACAUUCCGGAUGAUGUGGUGAAUGGUGCGCAUGGAACGGUGGGCAAAGGACUUCCUGAAUAUAUCGACACCAAUGGCGAUGUCGUAUCACAUGCGGCCGCAGAUGAGCUUCGAAAACGCGGAUUUACCAAGCGCGACUCGACGAAGGUUUAUUUGUCGUUGUCCACCUGCAGUCCGCCUGACACCAACACCACCGGCGCGGAAGGCUUGUUCCCGCAGCUGAAGGUGUAUUACUCGACGUCAAAGGAUCUGAAAUAUCCGGGCCCGGGCAAGGACGACUCGCUGCAAAACGUCACGACAGCCAGCAACGGCUAUAUUGGCAUUGAAUUUGACGCGGAGAGUGAUGUCUACAUCAGUGUGGUGGCGGAAAAUACAACCUCCUAUUCGGGUUCAUAUGUCUACGAACUUGCCAUCUCGAUCGACGAUUAUUUCUUCAAAGUGGUUCCCGACGACCCGUUCCUGUACUUUGUCGAUUCCGACCAAUCCGCCGCGCUGCUGGUGACCAACAACCUGACCCAGUCUAAUUCCAGCUCGCAGAACUUUCAACAGUGGAUGAACAUGACCCCUCCGUAUACCCUGUUUGCCCACAAUCUCAACGACACAUCAUUGAAAGGCUUGUCGUCCUCCUUUUGUGCGGUGCAGACUCAUUCGCAGGUGACCAGCAACCCGAGCAACACCGACAUGACCAGUCGAGGACUGGGGAACAGGCCUAAGGAGCAGUUCUAUAUUCUCGGACUCAACCGUAGUUCGACGUAUGUAGGAAUCUUGGGGAUGAUAGGCAACUCUACCAACUCAGGGAAUAAUAUUAUUGGCGGAGGUGGAAUAGUAUGGCAGCCCAUGAACUUCACCACCAAAACAGAGGAUAACUGUGCCGUUUUGUUCAACCUCACAUUCUGCUCCGAGGUCGCCUACGCAGUCCCAGCCAACCCCAACAGAACAGUCGAAGACCUUCGACAGAUCUACGACAACUACACAUCGAAAUACUACCAAUACUUUGACUACUCCCUCCAACAAAUCCAAUGCAACGCCUCCGCAGACUCCAUGUUCUCUCUAACCGUCAACUGCACCGACUGCGCCUCGCAAUACAAGCAAUGGCUCUGCAGCGUCAGCAUCCCCCGCUGCGCAGACUUCACAUCCAACGAAACAUACCUCAGAGUCCGCAACGCCGGACAGGAUUUCAUCAACGGCUCCUCAUUACCAGAAGACGAUCCCCUUCGCUGGUCCGUUAUAACGAACCAAUCACGCAAUCCAAUCAUCGACACCGAUAUCAGACCCGGUCCGUACAAGGAGAUCCUUCCUUGUAAAGAUAUCUGUCACGAUAUGGUGAAGAGUUGUCCCGCGGCACUGGGAUUCGGGUGUCCGACUGGAUCCUGGUUAAACGCCUCAUAUGGAUAUAGGGAUCCGAACGGCGAUAUCACCUGUAGUUACCUCGGCGCAGCGUAUUAUCUCAAUCUCGGCUCAAGACUGGGUAUAUGGGGAAUAAUGUACAUGUUAAUUGGGAUUGGGAUCUGGGGAUUCUGGUUAAUAUAG